ACCACCGGAGCGCACCUGACAUACUGGGACCUUUCAGAUAACACGAAAAAGGGAAACAUAUUGACUGUCGCUGUAAACAGAGACUAUAUCUCAGAUAUAUCAAGUUCAUCUAUUGAAAGAACUCUAUGGAUUAUUUAAGUGUGUUUUAUUCGACAUUAAAACGCUUUUUAUUUGAGCCAGUAUCAGUUUAAUGUAAUGCGUACUUGUGACAAAAAUUCGGCGCGACUCUAAAGCCAGAGCUUCUUCGUGGAGCUAUACGAAGGGAAUCGUCUUGGGAAAUUGGUCCCGUCUUAACCAACGGACAGCAUGGUUUUUGGCUGACAGCCCCGUUUAAGGAAAGCUAUUACCCUUCAACCAAAGCCCUACGCACGCUUGAGCGCCUUACAUCGAGGAAGAGGGGUAUGGUUUUGCUGCGCGCUCAGCGGAGAUAAAAUAUCCCAAGUGCCCUUUCCGUAGAGGAGAUGUUUGUAUUUUUGCUCCUGCUGUGUCUCGCGGAUGGUGUAGUUUCGCAGAUACGGUACUCUGUGCCCGAGGAAGCGGAGCAUGGCACGUUUGUGGGAAAUAUCGCAGAGGAUUUGGGACUGGACCUUACGAAACUUUCAUCCCGCCGAUUUCAGGUGGUGCCCAGCUCGCGGACGCCGUACCUGGAAGUAAACUUGGAAAACGGGGUGCUUUUCGUGAACGAGAAAAUCGACCGGGAGCGCAUCUGUAAGCAGACUGCCAGCUGUUUGCUUCACCUGGAGGUGUUCCUGGAGAACCCACUCGAGCUCUUUCGCGUGGAGAUAGAGGUGGUGGACAUCAACGACAACCCGCCGAGCUUUCCAGAGACGGACAUCACCGUGGAAAUAUCCGAGAGCGCGACCCCUGGCACGCGCUUCCCUUUGGAGAGCGCCUACGACCCGGAUGUCGGUAGCAACGCACUGCGCACCUACGACAUCACCAACAACAACUAUUUCUACCUAGACGUGCAAACGCAAACGGACGGCAACAAAUUCGCAGAGCUGGUUUUGGAAAAGCCGUUGGAUCGAGAACAGCAGGCAAUGCACCGUUAUGUUCUCACGGCCGUGGACGGUGGCCAACCUCCUCGGACUGGGACAGCAUUGCUUGUGGUCAGAGUGCUCGACUCCAACGACAACGUCCCCGUGUUUGAUCAGCCGGUAUACUCUGUGAACCUGGCAGAAAACGCGCCCGUGGGCACGCUCGUGAUUCAACUUAACGCCACCGAUUCAGACGAGGGCCCUAACGGAGAGGUAAUUUACUCGUUCAGCAACCACAUCUCGGGUAGAGUAAAAGAACUGUUUGAUAUUGAUGCUAGAACUGGCCGAAUAGAGGUCAGAGGCGAGGUGGACUUUGAGGAAAGCAGCUUGUAUCAGAUUUACGUUCAAGCGAAAGAUAUGGGACCAAACGCCGUGCCCGCGCAUUGUAAAGUUUUGGUAAAAGUGACAGACGUGAAUGACAACGCACCUGAAAUCAUCUUCAGCACAGUCACGGAGUCCGUGAGCGAAAACGCAGCCACGGGUACCGUCAUCGCUCUGCUCAGCGUCACAGAUAAGGACUCGGAAGAAAACGGACAGACUCAUGUGGAGAUUCUUGGCGACGUCCCUUUUAAACUUAAAACCUCAUUCAGAAAUUAUUAUACUAUUGUAACCGAUGGUCCCCUCAACAGAGAGACUUUAGAGGCGUACACUGUCACUGUAGUUGCAAGAGAUAAAGGAAUUCCAUCUUUGGCGAGCAGCAAAUCAAUCAAAGUGCACGUGUCAGACGAGAACGACAACGCGCCCACUUUUACGCAGCCCGUUUAUGAUGUGUAUGUGACUGAAAACAACGUCCCCGGUGCUUAUAUCUACGCUGUCAGUGCCGUUGACCCCGACGUCGGACAGAAUGCUUAUAUAACUUACUCCAUAGUGGAGUGUGAGAUCCAGGGUAUGUCAGUGGUCACGUAUGUGUCCAUCAACUCGGAGAAUGGUUAUCUCUACGCUCUCAGAUCAUUUGAUUAUGAGCAACUAAAAGACUUUAGCUUUAUGGUUCAAGCCAGAGACUCGGGCAGCCCCGAGUUGUGGUCCAACACCACGGUAAAUGUAAUUAUUGUGGAUCAAAACGAUAACGCGCCGUCUGUGAUUGCGCCUCUCGGAAAAAAUGGCACCGCGCGGGAGCCUUUACCGCGCUCUGCUGAACCGGGCUAUUUGGUGACGCGCAUCGUCGCAAUGGAUGCAGAUGAUGGAGAGAACGCGCGAUUGUCCUAUAGUAUACAGCGAGGCAACGAGAAUGGGAUGUUCCGAAUGGACUGGCGUACCGGGGAGUUGCGCACGGCUCGUCGGGUAUCAGCUAAACGAGACCCACAACAGCUUUAUGAGCUGCUGAUAGAAGUAAGAGAUCACGGGCAGCCUCCCAUGUCUUGUAGCGCAGUCGUACAGGUUACACUGGUAGAUAGUCUCGUAGAGGGUCACAGUGGAGAGCGCGGCUCUGCCAAGGCCAAAGAAGCGUCUCUUGAUCUGACACUCAUUCUCAUAAUCGCGCUUGGCUCAGUCUCCUUUAUCUUUCUGCUGGCCAUGAUUGUCCUGGCCGUGCGCUGUCAGAAGGACAAAAAGCUAAACAUUUACAGCACCUGUCUGGCGAGCGACUGCUGUUGCCUCGUUGGGUGCGGGUCGUGCGGAUCGGGCGGCUGCUGCGGGCGUCAGGCCCGAGCCGCCCGAAAAAAGAAGAAACUGAGCAAGUCGGACAUCAUGCUGGUACAGAGCACCAACACGGCCAACGUGAGCGUUGCGAGCGCCGCGCAGGUACCCGUGGAGGAAUCGGGAAGCUUCGGCUCUCUGCAUCAGAGCCAGAAUUACUGUUACCAGGUCUGUCUGACUCCAGAAUCGGCCAAAACGGACUUGAUGUUCAUGAAGGCCUGCAGCCCGUCCCGCAGUAACGACACCGACCACAACCCGUGCGGUGCCAUAGUGACCGGCUAUACGGACCAACAGCAGCCGGACAUCAUAUCAAACGGCAGCCUGCUCUCCAGUGAAACAAAACACCAGAGAGCAGAGCUAAGUUAUUUGGUCGACCGACCAAGGCGUGUUAACAGCUCUGCAUUUCAGGAGGCGGAUAUUGUGAGCUCAAAAGACAGCGGCCACGGAGACAGCGAGCAGGGAGACAGUGACCAUGAUGCCAUGCAUCGCGGACAUUCCUCUGGAGCAGACCUGUUCUCCAACUGCACAGAAGAGUGCAAGGCCCUCGGCCACUCAGAUCGCUGCUGGAUGCCAAGUUUCAUGCCAACCGAAGCGCGACAGGGCGCCGAUUACCGAAGCAACCUGCAUGUGCCGGGCAUGGACUCCGUGCCAGACUCUGAGGUAUUUGAGGGCGAGACCUUGGCGGGCGAUCAGUCAUUCUCCACCUUUGGCAAAGAGACGCCACACCACCCCAACCAGAUGCACCAACAUCAACACCAUCAACACCACCUCAAUGCUUCCACGCUAGAGAGGAAAGAGUUCGAUGCACUUCUGUGUAACUCGCGCAUGCCUUACAAAGCCGCCUGUCUGUCGCGGAAAAGGAUUUGCUAGCUCUUUCCGUGUGGACAUACCAGAGACGGCGUGAAUUUGCACAAUCAGUAAAACUGAUGGAAUGGCAUCAAGUUUUCAGACUCUAUUUCCAGAGGCGUCAGAUCGCGUGUUCCCAAAGGCGUCCGGUGCCUCCGAUCAACAAACUUUAUGAAAGUGUCGGACUCACAGAGCCAGGCAGAAGGCCAGACGGAUGGACACAACAUGUUUCUCAGCAGGACUGAGAUGGGACGGAGGACAAAACAGGACCUUAAAAAAACGUGGAGCAUAGGAAGACAUCCAAGGAGAGAAAUCAGAGGACGACGAAUCCUCUCGGCUUCUGCGUGUGCCUGUUUACAGCACUACUGUACAUGGUAAAAAACAAAAGAAACAAAAAGACGAGGACCACCGACGAAAACUACAAAAAUGGAGAUAUAUUCACUGAGCCCUUUAGCUGUUUAUGUACACACACACUCCACUGAAAAGCCAAUUGUACAGGAAAUAUAUUUGUGCAUUACAAAUGCAAUAUUGUUCUUUUAGACUGUUUUAUAUUCUGUGUGCGGCUGUGUGUGUGUGUGUGAUCAGGUGUUUUCCCUAAAUCUAUUCCAACUCUUUGUCAAAGGAAAGAAGCAACGGAUUCCACGGAUGGAUUUCCUUCCGUCAGGGUUUAAGUGUUUUUCACGUUGUAAGCAGGACAGCUGUGGCCUAACUCUUACUCUCUCAUACUUAGGUUAUAUCACGUGUGAGAAGUCUUAACUGUACUCUUUUAAACUUCGAAAUAAAUAUAAAUCUAUAUCUAUAAAUCUAUCUAUAUAUACUUUUUCUGAAAGUGCGGUCUUCAUUUGCGCCAGUUUUUCCAGUGUAGUGUGUAAGGCUUCGCGAAGGAGCCGUUAGCAUCGCAAAUCCACUUUACAGGGGUUCUUAACGUGACAUAAAGCCUUAUCUCUAAACCUUUCAUCCAUUUUUUCACUUUUGGAUAUUGAGAUUCAUGUCUAUAAAUAAAAAGGGGAGUAAUAAUCUAGAUUUUGAGUACAUGGCAGUUGUGUAUUACUGUAGCCAAAUAGGUCCGUUUAAUAAUUUGAGGCCAAAUAAGAAAAGUGCACACGGUGCAAAGCAAACAUACACUGAAACUGAUAUUGACACACAACUACACACAUGCCCACGAACACCUUAAUAUCAGAAGGUGACAAAUAAACAGAAAAAUGUAUACUUACAA